AUGACGCGCCAAAGGUCUGCCAGCGUGUCCACAACGCGGACGUACGCUGGUUUGAUGGGAAGACCACUGGGACUCCUGAUCUCGACGAUUGCGACUACGGGUUUCCUUUUGUUCGGAUAUGAUCAGGGCGUUAUGUCUGGUAUCAUUUCAGCAGAUCCGUUCAACAACUACUUUCCCGAAACCAAGGAAAACUCCGUUUACCAAGGAUUCGUCACAGCCAUCUACGAAGUUGGAUGUUUAAUAGGAGCUAUUGGAAUUUUAUGGUUCGGUGAUAGCAUUGGACGACGAAGAUCGAUGAUGCUUGGUGGUUUUAUCAUGAUUAUCGGAGUUGUUGUCCAAGUGAGCGCAGUUAAAGGAUCCAACGCAAUGGCCCAAUUCAUCAUCGGAAGAACCAUCACUGGAGUUGGAAACGGAAUGAACACUUCCACAAUUCCAACUUAUCAAGCGGAAUGCUCCCGAAGCAGCAACCGUGGACUUCUCAUCUGCAUCGAAGGUGGUGUCAUUGCGUUCGGAACCAUGAUUGCCUACUGGCUCGACUAUGGCGCCUCUUACGGUCCAGAUGACUUGACCUGGAGAUUCCCUAUCGCUUUCCAAAUCAUCUUCGGAAUAAUUCUUAUCGUUGGAACAUGGUAUCUACCGGAAUCACCAAGAUGGCUUCUCGCUCGUGAUCGGCACGAGGAAGGCAUCAACGUUCUUGCGGCUCUACAUGGUCUCGAAGUUACCGACCCGGAGGUCCAUCUUCAACACAACCUCAUCAUCGACGGCAUCAAGGCUAGUGGUGCUGCUGGAAAGACACCUUACUCCGCUCUUUUCACGGGCGGGAAGACACAACACUUCCGCCGUCUUCUCCUCGGUGCUUCGUCGCAAUUUGCGCAACAGCUUGGAGGCUGCAAUGCAGUUAUCUAUUAUUUCCCUAUUCUGUUUCAAGAGUCCAUCGGGACAGACCAUAGCCUGGCACUACUUCUAGGAGGUGUAAACAUGAUUGUUUAUUCAAUUUCUGCCACUGUCUCAUGGUUCAUCAUCGAGCGCGCUGGUCGCCGCAAGCUCUUCCUCUAUGGAACUGUUGGCCAAUGUCUUUCAAUGGUGCUUGUAUUUGUUUGUCUCAUUCCUGAUGGUGGCAAAGGACCAUCUGCAAAAGGCGCUGGUGUUGGACUAUUUACCUACAUUAUGGCAUUUGGAGCAACAUGGCUGCCACUUCCAUGGCUAUACCCGGCUGAGAUCAACCCUCUACGCACCCGUGCUCGUGCCAAUGCUCUUUCAACAUGCUCCAACUGGCUCUUCAACUUCCUCGUCGUCAUGGUAACACCAGUCAUGAUAUCCAGCAUCUCAUGGGGAACUUACCUCUUCUUUGCUGUCGUAAACGCCUGUUUCAUCCCGAUCAUCUACUUUUUCUACCCAGAAACCCGACGCCGUUCCCUCGAAGAAAUCGAUCUCAUCUUCGCCAAAGGCUACACGGAGAACAUCUCUUACGUCAAGGCCUCCUACGACCUCCCAUUCCUUACCGAUCAGGAGGUCAAAGACAUGUCCCGCCAAUACGGAUUCGUCGGCGAAGACGAGGAGUUCACAGCUGGUGAGAAGGAUAUUGCAACGCCUGGUAAUGGCAGCGAGAAGGCAAGACGUAGCGAUAGCGAGGGGACGUUGGGUGGGAAUACGGCUGUGCAUGAUCAUGCGCAUGGCCCGGAUGAUGUGCAGAAUGGGGGAUUUAGGAACGAUUGA